AUUUCUACAGCUAUAGUUGAAAGAACAAGAAAACGACAAUUUGCCACAGCCACAGUUUAAUUUCUUUAGUUUUUUGGGUUUUUAUUACAAUUAAAGGCACACGCACAAGAGCUCCAAGCGACUAUCCGUCGUAGCCAGGCCCAUCCUUCAAGCAGCGAAUCUGUGUCAAUUAUUUUCCGCUGAUGUGCACCUAAGAACACAACAAAAUUAAAUACACUUUUUCAGUUCUUCAUCACGCACACGCACACAGACGCCGUAGCAGGCAGCAACAGAUGUACAUACGUGGUGGCAGCCGUAUCCGACUACAUUAUCACCCGAAACCGAAUUUCCACACGUAACCAAUUCUUCCUACUGGCAACUGUUCAAACAGAGACACCGCCAUGGACAUAUCCGCCUCCUCGUCGUUCGCGUCCAACAACGGCACACCGGAGGGAAAGACGAACUCCUACAUGGGCGAUAGCACACUCUACGACAGUGCUCUGGAUCACCAGCUGUCCAAUCUGGCCUACCGGACAUGUAAUGAGAGCCUUUUGGGUGAACUCAGCCAAACCCCUCUGCAACCACCCAAUUCCUCAAGCAAGGUAGGCAGUACUGAAAUUGGAAACGAAUCGACACCGAAUGCCAACAAGGCCUUCGGUUCAUCUUCGGCGGCAGCUUUUAACAGUCCGACGCCAGCUCUAAAUGCCAGCAUGCUGCUGAUCCAAUCCGAGAGUCUGGACACGAACUCACAGGAGGAAGUCGAUCCCAAAUCACAGCUGGCCAACAAGACAAUAUUCAAGACGGAUAAUCCUAACCUGUCAAUUAUAGAAAUUAACGACAACUCCAUUAAAAAAGAGGACCUGGAGAACGAGGUGGUGCUGGUCGAAGGUGGCAGUGACGUGAAGAACCUUUUAAAGAAAUCGCCCAGCAAAGCAGUUGUGCCGGACUCUGCCUCAAUCACAGAUAAGCGUCGCCGCAAAACGGAGUCACUACUUCAGACCAGCAAACAAAAGCUGGACAUAUCCAUUGCAGAGGCUUCGGCUGUGGCCGAUGGCGAUGGCGCGAAGCGGGAUCUAGUGCCGGCCGCGCUCGACCAGCCGCAAACUAAGCGGGAUAUCAAAAUUUACGAUACUAUCGAGGAGUUUGAAGAGAAUCUGCCCUCGACAGUGACGCUUCUGAACACGCCAUUUGGCAGCAAGGUCUAUCUGGUGGGUACGGCACACUUCAGUGAGGAGUCGCAGGAUGACGUCUCAUAUGUCAUACGGAAUGUCCGUCCAGAUGUGGUCAUGGUUGAGCUGUGCCCAUCCCGUAUUCACAUACUGAAACUCGACGAGAAAACUCUGCUGGAAGAGGCCAAGAGCAUCAAUAUACCCAAGAUUCGAGGAAUCCUGCAGACACAUGGCUACAUCAACGGCAUUUUCUUUAUUCUGCUGCUGCAGAUGAGCGCCCAGAUCGCCAAGGAUCUGGGAAUGGCGCCGGGCGGUGAGUUUCGACGUGCCUUCGAGGAGAUCCACAAGCUACCCGGCUGCAUUCUGCACUUGGGUGACCGGCCCAUCCGUAUAACCCUGUACCGUGCCCUCCGUGCUCUGUCCGCGUGGCAAACCAUGAAGCUGGUGUGGCGCCUGACCUUCACCGACAGCAUUAGCAUUGAGGAGGUGGAGGAAUGCAAGCAGAGCGAUUUGCUAGAGAAGCUGAUGCAGGAGAUGGCCGGCGAGUUUCCGGCCUUCUCUGAUGUUUUCGUACGCGAGCGGGACAUCUUCCUGUGUCACUCGCUGCAGCUAGCGGCGCUACCCCAAGCUGCGCCGGGUGCCCAGCAGAUCCGUCCAGUGCGUGUUGUCGGUGUCGUGGGCAUCGGGCAUGCCAAUGGGAUUGCCAAAAUGUGGGGUACCGUCGAUCCCAAGAAAAUUCCAGCUAUACUCGAAAUUCCACCGGCCAGCCUUGGCCAGCGCAUCUGCACAUAUACGCUGAAGUACGGCCUCAUUGGCCUGGGCUGCUAUGGAGCCUUUCGUUUCCUGCGACCCCGGCUCACGCGUUUCUUUUAGAUAAACGAUGGGCGAUGGGACUGGACGGGGGGGACCAAGUGUGUGAGGCGACUGCAGUACCCAUCAAGCCUGCUGCAAUGUUUAAUUUUUAUUUCUGACGUUUAAUCACAUGACCUGCACACGCAGAUGAAGCGAAUUUGUUCUGUUGUAUUUUAUUGUACAAUGAUGAUGUUUUGAUAGACGCGUUUAUAUACGUAAAAAUAUAACUGGAUGUACAUAUAUACAUAUAUAUAUCCACAAACCAAACACGAAAAGACCGUUUCAGAUAAAGGUAGUUUUUAAUUUUCAGAAUACUUGUAUACAAUUGGACUAUAACAUCACAAUUUAUGUAAUAUUCUUUCUUUGGAAUAUAUCAUCUUAGUGUAUCAGUUAUAGUUUUAAUCAAAGACUAAUUAACCCAAGUCCCUAAAACAAAAGAACAUUUCCAUUUUAAAUGUAAAGGAGAAAAACAAAUACUACAAAGAAAAGAACUAGAUUUACAAGAAACUAGGUUUUGUAUAAUUAAGGUAUUGAGCUGUUGUUUGUUUUAAGCUCGACAAAUCAAUCAAAAUGCCCCAAUGCAUAUACAAUAUUUCAUUCACUCGAAGUCGUACAUAGCUGUUGUUCAUUCCGUAGCAGAAAUCUAAACAAAAACAAAAAAGUUAUUACUGUUCAUAUAUUUAAGGGACUACUAACGUGAUGGGAACCCUUCAGUGUUUGAUAAAUUUAUUAGAGCUAAUACAUAUUAGUAGUAACGAUGGGGGGAAUUUUACAAAACGAAAGCCGAAACAUACAAAACCAUACAUAUGUACAUGUACUUUAUUACCUAUAUAUACUACAUCUGAGCGUUGUAAACGUAAAACAUGCUUUUAAAGUGCAUACAAAAAAAAACAAAAACAGCAACUAUAAGCAGUAUGUAUUCCGUAAAUAGUGUUGUGUAGCAUUUAGAAUAUAUAUGUAACUUACCACCAGAAGCCGACAAACAAGCCUUUGUUCGUAACUGACUCAAAUAAAUGUACUAAAUGUAUUACUGUCGAUCAGA